AUGUUUCGUUAUCUUUAUGCGAGUCAUCGGUUCUGCUUUAAGCACUUAGUAUUGCGCUCCUGUAUAAGCGUUAAUGCCUACCCACCGAGUCAGAAUUUUCCACAGCUUAGGUCACUCGCUUCUCAUACUGCAUCUGCUGUUCAGAACCUCCCCAUAACCGGUUUCACAGCCUUAGACGAGCGCCAGAAGAUAGAAGAGGAAAGAUAUGGCAACUACGUCGCCGAACGCUUCUAUCCAGUACACAUUGGCGAGACAUUUCAGUCGAGAUACCAAGUUAUUACAAAACUUGGAUACGGCGCAACCUCUACCGUAUGGUUAUGUCGAGACUUGCAGUAUGUUUCUCGAUUACAAAGUGCUAUUAUCUGCUUCUUUCAAGCUACUUACAUGCCACAAGAGAACAUCGCUACUUGA